AAUCUCGGGCGGACCGGUCUGUGACUGCAGAACGAGCCCGUGCCCUUACACUUGCAUGCAGCGGAAUUGACCUCAUCUUUUAACCGUAAUUAAUACUUAAACAACAAGGACAUUACAGCGCCGCAAUGACUCUCGUGGCAGAGGCUUUCGUGUCGCAGAUGGCAGCUGCCGAGCCUUGGCCUGAGUCUGCCACCUUGUACCAGCCGCUGAAGGAGGAUCAGAUCCUGCUGUCGGACUGUGCCUCAUCUCUCGCCGUUCAGGCCUACCUCCGGAUGUGCGGUCUGCCAGUGCAGGUGGUUUGCAGAGCCAACGCCGAAUACAUGUCACCUUCCGGUAAGAUUCCCUUCAUCCACGUCGGGAACCAGGUGGUGUCCGAACUCGGGCCGAUUGUGCAGUUCACUAAAGCCAAGGGUAAUUCUCUGAGCGACGGCUUAGACGAUAUUCAGAGAGCUGAAAUGAAAGCGUACAUGGAGCUGGUCAACAACAUGCUGCUUACUGCUGAGUUGUACAUCCAGUGGUGUGACGACGCCACGGCUGCAGAGAUCUCCCGGCCCAGAUACAGCAGUCCUUACUCGUGGCCUCUCAGCAACAUCCUCGCCUAUCAGAAGCAGUGGGAGGUUCGCAGGAAGAUGAACGCCGUCGGCUGGGGAGGGAAAACCCUGGAGCAGGUUUAUGAGGAUGUGAAUCAGUGCUGCCAGGCGCUCUCCCAGCGGCUGGGAACACAACCGUACUUCUUUAACAAGCAGCCCACGGAACUGGACGCGCUGGUGUUCGGGCACCUCUUCACCAUCCUGACCACCAGGCUGACCAGCACGGAGCUGGCGGAGCGGAUCAAGAGCUACAGCAACCUGCUGUCCUUCUGCAGGCGCAUCGAACAGACCUACUUUGAAGACAAGAGCUCUUGAAGGGGAAUCGAGCCCCUCACCACCUGUAUUAUUAUUAUUAUUGUUGUUAUUAUUAUGAUCUGGUCCUGUACAUCCGGGCCCCUCCUCCUCUCAUUCCCUCGCUGUAGCACCGAGAAGCUAAAAAAACCUGCUUCUGUUCACACGCCCGAUUCCUGCUUCCCCUUGUCCUCUUUCUGCAUGCUGCUGACAGGAGACCAGGUGAGCCAGUUAAAUAUAUAUUAUAUAUUUAAAAAAGUACCUUAAAAGUCACAGGAAGGCUCCUCCUUUAGACACACACGUGUAUGCUAUCUUAAGAAAUCAAUAAUGCAACUCUUCAGCAGACGCUUCCCAACACGAGCUGAGACUUCAUGAAUAUGCUCUUAUUGUUUCCUCUGUUAUAUAAGAUGGUGUCAUAGUGCAGAUGUAUUAUUUUUAAUUCUUUUUUUUCACGGCUGUGUGACACGGCUGCGCUUUUCUUCCGUGCAAAAAAACAACAAAAAAAGACGUGAACAUAAUGAUAAAAAGGAUUUGACUUAAUCCUUCGUUUUUCCACCAUUUACUUUUUUUUCUUUGUGAAGUGAAAGUGCCUACAAAAUAAAAGACUUUAAAUUCAA